AUGAGAGACCAUAGAAGAGUCCACACUGGUGAGAAACCCUUUCCCUGUAAGUUCUGUGGUAAAUGCUUCAUGAGAAGCUGGGAUCUGAUUGUCCACACCAGAACCCACACAGGUCAGAGACCAUACGCCUGUAAGGUCUGCGGUAAAUGCUUCGUCAGACAAAGCAAUUUAAUUUACCACGUAAGAAUCCACACGGGUGAGAAGCCCUACCUGUGUCAAACAUGUGGAAAAUGUUUCACCCAGCAUGUUCAGCUGGUGACCCACAUGAGAUUCCACACUGGUGAGAAGCCCUAUAUAUGUCAAACAUGUGGGAAAAGCUUCACUUUAAAAAGCCAGUUAACGAUCCAUACGAGGACCCACACUGGUGAGAAGCCCUAUCCGUGUCAAACAUGUGGAAAAAGCUUUUCUUUAAAAAGUCGAUUAAUUAAUCACACAAGGACCCACACUGGUGAGAAACCCUUUAUAUGCGAAACAUGCGGCAAAACGUUCAUUCAGCGGAGCCGUCUAGUGACCCACAUGAGAGUUCACACUGGUGAGAAGCCCUUUUCUUGUAAAACCUGCGACAAAUGCUUUUCUGACAACUCUAUUUUAAAAGCCCAUGUGAGAACUCACACGGGUGAGAAGCCCUACACGUGUAAAACAUGUGGUAAAAGUUUUACGCAGGGUAGUCAGUUAGCAUCGCAUGUAAAAAUUCACACUGGUGAGAAGCCCUUUUCCUGUCAAACCUGCGGCAAACGCUUCUCCCUGAAUUCUACCCUAAAAGCCCACAUGAGAACUCACACAGGUGAGAAGCCCUUUUCCUGCAAAAUCUGUGGCAAAUGCUACUCUCAGAAGAGCAAUCUGACCAAUCACAUGAGAACUCACACAGRUGAGAAGCCCUUCUCCUGUAAAAUCUGUGGUAAGUGCUUCACUCAGAAAAGCAAUCAAAUAAACCACAUGAAAAGCCACGCUGGUGAGAAGUCCUUUUCCUGUGAGAUGUGCAGUAAAAGUUUCAAACAGAAAAAACUUUUGACUGACCACAUGGAAAUUCACACGGGUGAGAAGCCCAGUACUUCCACCAAACCCACGCUAGAGCCGCUGGUUCUGAAGCAAGAGGUCGAUACCCUCAUGGUGACUCCUGCUCAGGAACGAGACCACAUUAAACCAGAACCAAACUGGGACCAAGUCCCGUCUCAGAACCUUCCUGAGAACCCAGACCAGGCUGGACCAUCUGGUGACGGAGAACCAAACCCACAGAACUGUUCCAGCAGGAACCAGAACCCUUCAGAGACGUGGUGUGAGCCCGAGGAGAGAAAACCUGCAAAAUGUGAUAUUUGUGGGAAAGGUUUCAGGAGCAAAUACAGGAUGGAGAUUCAUAGACGAGUCCACACCAGUGAGAGGCCCUACGCCUGCACAACGUGUCAAAAAACCUACAAAAGUAGAGACUACCUGCUGAGCCACAUGAGAACUCACACGGGUGAGAAGCCCUACAUGUGCAAAACAUGUGGUAAAAGUUUCUCUCAGUCUGGUCAUUUAACAACUCACCAGAGGACUCACACGGGUGAGAAACCCUACUUGUGUAAAACCUGCGGCAAAUGCUUCUCUGAGAAAUAUGUUUUGGUCGGACACAUGAGAACUCACACGGGUGAGAAGCCCUAUUCCUGUAAAACCUGUAGCAAAGGCUUCACUCAGAGGAGGAGUCUGAACAAACACAUGAAAACUCACACUGGUGAGAAGCCCCACAAGUGCACCACGUGUGGCAAAAGUUUCCCUGGAUAUAGUAAAUUAGUGAGCCACAUGAGAACUCACACGGGUGAGAAGCCCUACACGUGUAAAACAUGUGGUAAGACUUUCUCCCAGUCUGGUCACUUAACGACUCACCUGAGGACUCACACGCGUGAGAAUACCUUCUCCUGUAAAACGUGUGGAAAGAGCUUCGCCCAGAACAGCUAUCUGACCGUCCACAUGAAGAGACAUCUGGGUGAGAAGUCCUUCUCCUGUAAAAUAUGUGGUAAAUGUUAUUUUCAAAAUGCUAGUCUGACCAACCACAUGAGAACUCACACGGGUGAGAAGCCCUACACWUGUAAAACAUGUGGUAAGAGUUUCUUCCAGUCCAGUCAUUUAACGACUCACCUGAGGAUUCACACCGGUGAGAAGCCCUUUUCCUGUGAAACCUGCAAAAAGUGUUUCUCUGAGAAAUACCUUUUGGUCGGACACAUGAGAAUUCACACUGGUGAGAAGCCCUACACAUGUAAAACAUGUGGAAAGAGCUUCGCCCAGAACAGCUAUCUGACCGUCCACAUGAAGAGACAUCUGGGUGAGAAGCCCUUCUCCUGYAAAACGUGUGGGAAAAUUUUUACUCUGAGAGGAAAGUUGUCGUCCCACAUGAGAGUUCAUCCAGAAAAAGAAAGUGAGUAAAUCUUACCUGACAAAGUUCAGAUCAGAG